GAGUCUCCGCAGUCUGAUUACUCGUUGAUCAUUUAAAACAAAAUAGACGCAAGGAAAUACAAUUCAGUCGCGUGCGGGUCAUAAGAACGAACGGACCUCAUACGAACGUAUGUUCUUUUUUCUUCUUUUUUUCCCAUGGCAAAGAUUUGUAUGCCUAUGCUCGGUAUAAUACGCCAAACAAAAAUCCUAAAAUCUUUGUUGAAAAUUAAGUGAUGGUGAUAACAAUAUAAAAAAAAUGUAUUAAAUGCUACACAAUAUAAGAAAAAAUCAGUAAUAAUAUCGAAAAAAAAAAAACAAAAAUAACAACAGAAUACAUAACAGAAAGAGAUUGCUGAUCGAAGAGAAAAUUGCCAAAAGGCUCAUUUGCAUUUAUGAGAAAAAGAAAAUAAUCUCAAACAGAAAAAGAAGAAACCCAAAAAAGAUACUCUCGUGACUUGAAUCCACGACGCAUAAGGGCCGUCGGCAACCAAUCUAUCUAUCUAUACACGUACUCGUACGAGAUCAGUGCUGCAAAAAUCAAAGAGAGUGCCCUCAAAGAAACUUGUUUUUGUUUUUUUGCUCACUGCGAAUAGUGUUUGGCUUACCUUCAUUGCAUUCGCUCGUUCGCUCAUUCGAUGAAUACCAUGCACACUGAUGUAUCCCUUCUUGUACGGUGAACAUUAAGAAUUAACACACACACACAGUGUAUCAACCGAACGAAAAUCCACAUCUCAGAAGUAAAACAAAGCUGAAGAGGAGGCCCUUCUAGUCAUCUGGGGAGCAAAGUUUUAAUUAAAUUAAUAAUUUUGUUUGGUUGUCAGCCAGUGCAUGCCAGUGAUCAUGACCGCCGAGACACUCAAACCGUUCAUUACACCUCCCGGUAGCGUGGACUAUGUGACAACCUCUCAUUCAAGUGCUUCUUCCGUUCAUCAUCGCGGCAGCCGUUACUUAAUUGUAAUUGUGGCAAGUGCAUUUCUAGUGCUUUUGGUCUCAUCAUUAUUGGGCCAUGCGAUAUGGAACACUGUGCGCAUAUCACAUUUAAAUACAGAAGUGGAAUCACUGAACAAUAUCAUUGAAAGCAUGCAAAAGCGUUUGGGACUCGAAUAUCUGGAUGGCUUAAUUGAUAUCGAGAAAGAGGAUGAGAAUAACAAUGCAUUAAUUGAUGAUAUGCUACUCGAUGAAGAAGAAAGUAACAGUGGAGAGGAAAACGAUGAAGAUGGCGAUGAGGAUGACGACGAUGAUGAAGAAGACGACGAGGGUGAUGAUGAUACCGAUGAUUUUGACUACGAUGAAAUUAUGAAGAAAUUCAUCGAUUUUGAAAAGGAAGAUGACGAUGCAGAUGCCGAUGAUGAUGACAGCGAAGAAUAUGAUAAUUUAUAUGAGGAUUAUGAGAAAUAUCAGGGCUCAACGAAAAAGACACAGCCAGGAGAGAGAAAAACUCGAUCAAUCCAAACCCCUAUCAAGGAAGAUGACACUUUAAAUGAUAAGGAGUCACUAGAACAGCAAGUUAAUCGCACUCCCAGUCUUCGCAAAUCGUUGUCCAAACCAACUUUAGUAGCGGCAGAUAAUGCCGAUAGACGUCGCAGCCCAUUGCGCCCUUCCUACUCACGAAGACGAAAGUUUCCAGCGGUCAAGAGUGGUAAUUCUUCCGUUGCAGCAAAAACCGUGGCCCAAGAAAUCGGCUUCAAUGAAGUUGAGACAACGAAGCCAGCAGCUCAUUUCCAUUUAACUCACAAAAUUCCCAAUCAUCAUGCAACUGUACGAGUUAAUUCUUACAAUGGCGAUAUGUAUAUCGGCAGACCAAGUUGGACAAAUGAACGCGAUUCUCUGGACUCCUUUUUCCAUGUGGAAAAUGGAGUUUUAACAGUUCACGAAUCGGGUCUUUAUUAUGUCUAUGCGCAAAUAUGCUAUCACAAUCCCUAUCCCCAAAAUGGUUUCAUCAUAUUCCAUGGCCAUAAGCCAUUCCUGCAGUGCUUGAGCAAUAUUUUCACCAACAACAACAGUGUCAUCAAUACAUGCCACACCAGCGGUCUAAUAUAUCUGAAACGUGAUGAGCACAUACACAUUCGAGAUUUCCACAGCGAUCGUAAGGCAUAUCUGGAGGAUGGUAACAAUCGUAGUUAUUUCGGUUUGAUUAAAAUUUAAUGCGAAGCGAAUCGAACGAUCACUUAUAUAAAUAUAUAUAUAUAUAAAAAUUUUAUAUUUAAAUCUUAAGUUAUUGUUAGUAUCUAUUUAAAUAUAAUUUUCUAACCACAAAAAAAAUUUAAAUACUCCUCUUCUUAUCAGCCGCGACUGCUUGCCUCAGUAGACACAAUAAUUUAUGCCACAGUCCUACAUAGUUUAGUUAGGAGGCCACCGUGGCGCAGAGGUUCAAAUCCCGGCGUGAACAUCAAAAAAAGAUUAAUUUUAAAACUACUCUACCAAGUGAUGUCGCUAUGCGGCACGCCGUUCGGACUUAGCAUAAAAAGGAGGCCCCUUAUCAUUGAGCUUAAACUUUAAUCGGGCUACAGCAUUGUCAUUAUUGAUAUGAGGGAAGUAUCCCCUAUUCCUUAAUGGAAUGUUCAUGGGAAAUUUAGUAGUAGUUAGUUUACUAAUAAAUUAUUAUACAAAAACACGAACAACUAUUUUUGUAUUUAAAUAUGUAUAUGUUGUAAAAAAAAUAUCAAUAAAUAUUAAAGAGUCACAAAAAGA